ACUUCUACAUGAUUGUACUUUGUAUUGAUAUCAAUAUGGAUAUGGAGUCUAAUAUGACGGGGGAACUCCCUUUGUCAUAUCAUAUACUGAGUAUAUAGCGGAGAGAAUACGGACUUUGAGAUCUCUCAAAAGGAAAUAUAAAUAUUCCCAGGAUAACUCAGGACAAAAAUGAAGGCUGGCAUGGUAAAAGGUGCAGACCUGUAGAACAGAAAAGGACAUCAAGGUUGACUGAAGUCCGCUACGCCGCACUGAUCCCUAAGACCUUGGGUCUUUACUAAACAGCGAGUGGGGAAAAUAAAGUUACCUACCUAGUUAAACUUGUGGAUGAACUGGGAAAAAUGAUUGUCAAGUUGAUUCAUUCUCUUUGUCUACAAGUUAUGGCUCGUUUUCGCCCCUGAAAAGAAGCAACUCAAACCAGAGGGUAGUUCACUACCUAACGGAGUACGGAUGCCCCCGGAAGAAGUUUUGUCUCGCCUCACACUAAGAAUUUAAACUGAAAUAAAUACUGAUCCUAGCAUUAAGUAUUGCCGUUCCAUCUCACAUCAAGAGAGUUUGACUCUUAGAAUUAGAGACCAAUACCCCCUGGCUUGCUCACUAGCUCACCGCCCAAAUCUCAGAUGGUCUGGCCUACCGAGAGAUUCGUUGCAUUAGAAACCAUAUUUCAAUAUAAUUUCUUAGCGUGAGGCAAAAUUUUCCACAGAGGCCUCUGUAGGUGGCUGGCCAAUGGUCCAGACUAAUCGGUAUGGUAUCUGAGAGGACUCCUUGCUGAGUUGCGGUCUUGAUUCCGCCCCUGAGUGUCAUGAGGUAUCAAACGUACUGUACCUCGCACUUUGCCUUCCCCAGACACCAUCCCUGGGAUAGCGAUAUUCGAAUUUCUAUUCGUCACCGUCGGCAACUACGACAAAACUCUCCAUCACGCUGGAAACCAAUGGCCAACUUCAACCAAGUGGGAGAAUCGAGGCGCGUGGGCAAACAAGGGUCCUUAACCUUUUCCCAACGGUCAGCCAGCACUGCAGAUCAGCUGGAAAAAGCAAAUUAAAUAAACGACUGGUUUGAAUGCUGAAUAUUUUUCCCGGUUCGUUGAUCAGGAGAGGGAGGGCUGGCCGAUUCAGAACUGAAGGAAAGGCGCCCCCUCGGGGCGCGGAACACCCCUCCCCUCCCCCAACCCCCUUCUUUCCACCUCAUGCUCCUCUUUGAUUGAUCGAUCCUGAUGGCGGAGGCUGUUUUAGUGCAAGUUCCUCCAGUCCAAACUCCUCAAAGGGAACCAAGAUUUUCCCAGGAACGUGUUUUUAUAGAUUAUCAAGUGGGGUUCUCAAUUCAUCUCACAAUGCGUGAGGUCCAGCUCGCCCGGCUCGUUUUCUUUUCUUUUUUACCCCAGAUGAGCUGCAGAAAAAACAAUUAUUCGCAGAGACAGAAUCAGGGUGAUUCAGUGGCUGAUGUACUCUGUAUGGGUUGAGCGACAGGCGCUAAGAGCAGCCAAGAUUGCUAGGGGUUACCUUGACGAUUACAUUGUGGCUUCUCUUAGGGCCCUGGAAGGAAGUACCUUCCAUGUUACUCUGUACUUCGUCUAGAUUUUGCUUAUUUUCCAUUUUCCUGGUCUCCUCUGUCCUGGCUGCAAAGAAUGGGGGGAAUAAUGUUUUGCUUCGACCGCGGAUAACAUAUGGUUCUUGUUCCCUUUUUGGGCCAGCCAGAAUCCCUGCCAACAGCCCGACAACUUGGUUCUGCAGAUGUGACGGCAAAGCAAAAUAAAAUAAUAAAAUAAAAUGAGUCAAAGGCAGCAUGGGCGAAACACAUAUACGCAGUAGCAUCUCCUUUCAGGGAAUCCUGUCAAAGCAUCUUCGGGGUGGACGCGCCGUUCUGUUCUUUCGCCUGGGCAUCCAAAAUAAGCCACAAGUGAUAGCCGGUGGUAUUACAGGCUUCGAGCCUAACUUAACACCGACUCAUUCACAAGGCCCAACAAUCCUUGCAUUCUGCAUACAAAAUCGCCACCUCCUCAUUUUCCAGCGCAUCUUCAUCCCCCCUUCCGCAUCAAUCCAUAAUCGAAGGAUACAGACCAGCCUUUUACGGAGGUUGUUCCGCGCAAUAAGAGGGCUAGGCCAAAGAAGCUCUUUUUUGCGAUCCUCACAUCCACAACAACGCAAGAGCAUCUGCAAAUUGAAGGCUUCCCCUUUUCUCACGGAGUUUCAGUGUCUUCGACUGUCUCGGCCCAGCCCCGAUAAAUUCUGGACCGAAUGAAGACGUUCCCGAAAAGCUAAAGGCCAUCCAGCCACACCCCCAAGACUUUGAGGCUCCAGGGUCUGUUCCCUAUUCCACUCUGAUUCUGUGAAUCCAGCCGCGCAAAGACUACAUACAAGGGGGCAGAAGAGAACGACAAGUCAAUAAAAUUAAGCAAAAAAAAUAAAAAAAAAUAAAUGGACCUAGACCAAGCCACAGGCAGAGAAGAAAAGAAGAGCACUGCUCGACUCUGUGCUCGACCGGUGAUGAAUCAUGGAUCCUCUACUCCUACUCCACUGUUAUCAUGAAGAGCACUCGUGAUGUCUCGCUCUCUAGUUCAUUCAAUUAAUUGAUUCAAAGGGCGGCGGACAAGAGGGGCAAAAGAAAUCGAGGACGCGUCAGUCGAGCGCACCAUGCAGUGCUAGUAGCUGCCAAUUAUGCUGCUGAUUAGCGGCGAGGAGUUCUGAUUUGCGCUCUCCCAUUCCUUAAGCGCUCUGCAGUUUGCAGAGAUGAACAGAGCGCAUGGGCGGAAUGCGGCCUUACAGUGAGAGCAUCCAUUUAUUAAUUCAUUCAUUUCACAUUUUUAUCAGAUGUUUGUGGCACACAGAGAGAGGUACACUUUUCAAAAGGCCCAGCUUGAACAACGUUGUAUGAAGUAGUUCAUCACAUCCUUUCCACGGACACCUUUGCGCCUAAGAACAACUUGAACAGGGGAAAUUUCCAGAUUCAUGAUCUAUUAUACUUUUUCUUGGCCCAGGCCUGUUUCUCAAAUGUCCUCGAGAGCAAAAAGGAACCUGCACUCGCACUGUUAACUCUAUGCGACCUGCAGUACGGGAUGCGCACGGACCUCUGGAUGAGGAUAGCCUCGAGAGAAGCAGGGACCAUGUGCAGCUUUCUCGGUGGUACAGCUCUUAAGGUUCGGGAGGAUACCAGCCCUUACCUGAAUCUACUCUGUAAAAGUGCCUAGGGGGACCCGAAUACAGACAAGUUGAUGAGGUCAUCGUACAUCUAUAUGUACAGAUCGGGAACGGCCACUCAACUUGUGUCUUGGAGGAUAACAUUGUUGUGUUGUAAUCUAACUACGCGAGUUACACUAAAUAGGUUGGGGUGGCACGUGACUAGGGUAGGUGUAGUAAUCACCAACAAUCCCUUGCUAUGCUGUGGCCUAUAAGCCGCCACCUGGGGCCUCUCUCAUUCUCAAAUCUUUCAAAAAAUGUAAUAAUAAUUAAUUACAUUAAUUAGAUGCUGAUUUCCUUAUUAGAAAAGACAUCUAUACAGCAAUAACUGUAAAAAUCAAGAAAUACAUGUAAAAUUCAUUGAUUCACUGUAUUAUUAU